UGCUUCUCACUGGAGUCACUUUCCUGGGGUUUGUUCCUUAUAACCAGGACAGACCAGUGAAGACCAGAAGUGGACAGCAGCAAGGAGAGCCAGCUUUGCCCUUCCCUGGAAGGGUGGGAGGAGUUGUGGAGUCUUGGAGUUGAUGGGAACUCUAGAGGCGCUCCGGUCCAGCCUCCCCCCCAGCCAGUGAGGGAAGCCCCCUGUGCACCUCCCUGCAACCCUGCCUGCCCGUCCUCUGCUCGGAUCCACCAGGGAUGCGCCGCCUCCUGAGAAUCCCCUCCGCUGUUCCUUAGAGGGACAGGUCACUGUCGCUGCUGCCGCUGCUUCUGCCAGCCUCGUAACUCUGCCCUUACUUCUACUUUAUGGAUAUUUCCCCGAUGUGAAGGCCCUUUCCCAGGCACCAUUGUGGUCAAAGCUUCAUCGAGUGGCUUGCGGACCCUGGUUCAUUCUAGCAUAGGCCCCUGCCUGAAGCACCUGCCUCGCCCACCCUGCUUCUCCAGGCAAGGCUGCCAGGUUUCUGCUCAUCAACACUCCUUUUUGGUUAACUCAUGGUGGGAGUGGCCACGUGGCUGGCUUAGGUGUUUGGAGCGUGAACGCCAGGUGCCCCGCUGCUCAUUCCCUCUGACCUCUAGGAUACCUCCAGCUCCGCAAUGGCAGCAGAGACCCUCAACUUUGGGCCAGAGUGGCUGAGGGCCCUUUCCAGUGGUAGCAGCGUGGCCUCCCCACCCCCUUCUCCUGCCAUGCCCAAAUACAAGCUAGCUGACUACCGCUAUGGGCGAGAAGAGAUGCUGGCCCUUUAUGUCAAGGAGAACAAGGUCCCUGAUGAGCUGCAGGACAAGGAGUUUGCCGCGGUACUACAGGAGGAACCACUGCAGCCUUUGGCACUGGAACCCUUAACAGAGGAGGAGCAGAGAAACUUCUCCCUGUCCGUGAACAGUGUGGCCGUGCUGAGGCUGAUGGGGAAAGGGGCUGGCCCCCCCCUUGGAGGUGGAACCUCCCGUGGCAGGGGCAGCACUCGGAGCCGAGGCCGUGGCCGCGGCGACAGUUCCUUUUACCAAAGAAGCAUUGAAGAAGGAGAUGGAACCUUUGGACGAAACCCCCGGGAGAUCCAGCGCAGCCAGAGUUGGGAUGACAGAGGCGAGAGGCGGUUUGAGAAGUCAGCAAGGAGGGAAGGAGCACGCUCCGGGUUUGAGGAGGGAGGGGCUGGCUCGAGGAAGGAACAUGCCCGCUCAGAUAGCGAGAACUGGCGUUCUCUCCGAGAGGAGCAAGAGGAAGAAGAGGAAGGAAGCUGGAGACUUGGGGCAGGACCCCGACGAGAUGGUGACCGCUGGCGCUCAGCUAGCCCUGAUGGCGGCCCCCGCUCUGCUGGCUGGCGGGAACAUGGGGACCGGCGUCGCAAAUUUGAAUUUGAUUUGCGAGGGGAUCGAGGAGGGUGUGGUGAAGAGGAGGGGCGAGGUGGGGGAGGCAGCUCUCACCUCCGGAGGUGCCGAGGGCCUGACGGUUUUGAGGAUGACAAGGAUGGGCUCCCGGAGUGGUGCCUGAACGAUGAGGAUGAAGAAAUGGGCACCUUUGAUGCCUCUGGGGCCUUCUUGCCUCUCAAGAAGGGUCCCAAGGAACCCAUACCUGAGGAGCAGGAGCUGGACUUCCAGGGUCUGGAGGAAGAGGAAGAGGAGCCUGGCGAAGGGCUGGAUGAGGAGGGGCCUGAGGCAGGUGGGAAGGAGCUGACUCCACUGCCCUCUCAGGAGGAGAAGUCCAGCUCCUCAUCCCCACUGCCCACCUUGGGCCCACUCUGGGGUGCCAACGGGGAAAGUGCUGAUGCUUUGGAGAAAGACCUGCAGGCAGCUGAAGGAGAUGAUAGGAGGGGAAUGCAGCUGAGCCCCGGGGUAGGCUCACCCCCUGGCCCUCCUGGAGAUCUGGAAGACGAUGAAGGCUUAAAGCACCUGCAGCAGGAGGCAGAGAAGCUGGUGGCCUCCCUGCAGGACAGCUCCCUGGAGGAGGAGCAGUUCACAGCUGCCAUGCAGGCCCAGGGCCUGCGCCACUCUGCAGCUGCCACUGCCCUCCCCCUCAGCCAUGGUGCAGCCCGGAAGUGGUUCUACAAAGAUCCACAAGGAGAGAUCCAAGGCCCCUUCACCACGCAGGAGAUGGCAGAGUGGUUCCAGGCGGGCUAUUUCUCCAUGGCCUUGCUGGUGAAGCGGGGCUGUGAUGAAGGCUUCCAGCCCUUGGGUGAGGUGAUCAAGAUGUGGGGUCGUGUGCCCUUUGCCCCAGGGCCCUCACCACCCCCACUGCUGGGAAACAUGGACCAGGAGCGGCUGAAGAAGCAACAGGAGCUAGCAGCAGCUGCUUUGUACCAACAGCUGCAGCACCAGCAGUUUCUUCAGUUGGUCAACAGCCGCCAGCUCCCGCAGUGUGCACUCCGGGAAAAGGCGGCCCUGGGGGACCUGACACCGCCACAGCAGCAGCAGCUCACCGCUUUCCUGCAGCAGCUCCAAGCUCUCAAACCCCCCAGAGGUGGGGACCAGAACCUGCUCCCCACGAUGAACCGCUCCUUGUCGGUGCCGGAUUCAAGCCCUCUCUGGGACAUACAUACCUCAGCCUCAUCACAGUCAGGCGGUGAGGCCAGUCUUUGGGACAUACCAAUUAACUCUUCGACUCAGGGUCCAAUUCUAGAACAACUCCAGCUGCAACACAAAUUUCAAGAACGCAGAGAAGUGGAGCUCAGGGCCAAGCGGGAGGAGGAAGAGCGCAAGCGCCGGGAGGAGAAGCGUCGCCAGCAACAGGAGGAACAGAAGCGGCGACAGGAAGAGGAGGAGUUGUUUCGGCGCAAGCAGGUGCGGCAGCAGGAGCUCCUGCUGAAGCUGAUACAGCAGCAGCAAGCAGUAGCUGCUGUUCCUGUGCCCCCUGCGCCCAGCUCUCCACCCCCGCUGUGGGCUGGCCUAGCCAAGCAAGGCCUCUCCAUGAAGACGCUGCUUGAGCUGCAGUUGGAGGGUGAGCGGCAGCUGCAUAAGCAGCCCCCACCUCGGGAGCCAGCCCGGACCCAGGCCCCCAACCACCGAGUGCAGCUUGGGGGCCUGGGUACUGCCCCCCUGAACCAGUGGGUAUCUGAGGCCGGGCCGCUGUGGGGCGGGCCUGACAAGAGUGGGGGCAGCAGCAGCAGCCUGGGGCUCUGGGAGGACACCCUCAAGAGUGGCGGGAGCCUGGCUCGCAGCCUGGGCCUGAAGAACAGCCGGAGCAGCCCCUCUCUCAGCGACUCGUAUAGCCACCUGUCAGGUCGGCCUGUGCGCAAAAAGACAGAGGAGGAAGAGAAACUGCUGAAGCUGCUACAGGGCAUCCCCAGGCCCCAGGAUGGCUUCACUCAGUGGUGUGAGCAGAUGCUGCACACCCUGAGCACCACGGGCAGCCUGGAUGUGCCCAUGGCUGUGGCGAACCUCAAGGAGGUAGAGUCCCCCUAUGAUGUCCAUGAUUAUAUCCGUUCUUGCCUGGGGGACACGCUGGAAGCCAAAGAAUUUGCCAAACAAUUUCUGGAGCGGAGAGCCAAGCAGAAAGCUAGCCAGCAGCGGCAGCAGCAGCAGGAGGCUUGGCUGAGCAGUGGUUCCCUGCAGACAGCCUUUCAGACCAACCAUAGCACCAAACUCGGCCCUGGGGAGGGCAGCAAGGCCAAGAGGCGGGCACUAAUGCUGCACUCAGACCCCAGCAUCUUGGGGUACUCCCUGCACGGACCUUCUGGUGAGAUCGAGAGCGUGGAUGACUACUGACCAGCCUGUCCCACCAGCCCCUAGGCUAUAGGCCCAGGGUGGCAGCAGCAGCGGCUUGGACCCUUGGGUCCCCGACCUGCCAGCUCCCCAGAAGGAGCAUAGGAGGAAGCAGGGGCAGGGUCCCCAGCACUUGUUACAAACCACACGAUGCACCUUAACUCACCCACCACGAGGCACUUUACAGAUUGGGGGGGAAGGGUUUUUUUUUUUUUUUUUCCUUUUUUAAAAAAUUUUAAACAUUGAAGAAAAUGUUAGGAGACAGAAGAAAUCUUUAAAAACUAGACGCUAAGCACCUCUUCUCUCCUUCUGGAGAUGAGGGUGAUGGUGAAAGGUCCACAGAAGAGUUUGUUUCGUUUUGUUUUUUUUUUUAAGAAAAAAAAAGAAAAAUAUGAAAAAAAAAAGUUAGGAGACUGAAAGAAAAAAACACACUGUUAUUUUGGGGCAUUUGGGGAUACAGGCCCCACAGACCUGUCCUGCCUGGCUCCCGAGGCUGCACUUACCUGCCCAGCAAGCAAGGUGGGCCAUUGGGGUAACUGGAAGCUGGGGUGCUAGCAGUUUGCACAGCGAGGCCCCCUCAGCCCCGCCGGCCGGACCCGCUGUGAACGGCCCCCUUAUUGCUGUGACUGGCAGAGGUGUUGGGGUGGGGGCAGUGUAGCCCCUUGGCUUUGCUGCUUCUGGGGGAAGUUGCACAAGUAGGCCUAGCCACCUCGGCUCCCCAGGCUGCCAGCCAGUGCCAACCUCACCUGGCUGUCGUAGCAGCAGAACUUCCACGCUGGCCCUGGUGAGGGGCUUCCCACCCCUGCCAUGGGGAGGUGGGGGAUGAGGUGGUGGGUGGUCUGGGUGUGAAGCUUAAAACCCCACCUCCCUGCCUUGCCACAUGAAUGUAUUCUUUGGGCCACAAGCCCCUGCUUGCCCCUCAACCUGAGCAAGGUAGGGGCAGGGUGGUUCCUCCAGGAGCUGGAGGGAGAGGCGCCACUUGAUGACUGUUUCUCCUGUAAUGGGGGCAAGAGGAGGGGCCUGGAGGGCCUCAGGAGUGGGGGGGGCACUUGGGGUUGCCGGUUGCAAUGUGGGGGGCUAUUGGAAGGGAGCUCCCCGCUGCAGCUGGUUGUGUGGGAUGCAAACCCCUCCCCCCCAGCUCCAUGCUGACCCCCCCUCCCCCCACUGACCAAAUGGGAAAGGAGGUGUGAUUCUCCCUGCUCCCUGAAACAUUUUUAAUGUUAGGUAAGGUGGCGGGUUAGGGUGCCCUUCUGUUCCUCACUGACUUGUGAUUCCUAAUCGCCUACCUGGGUUUGUCUCCAUUGGGUUGUUUUUUGUUUUAAGUUUUACCUUUGGGUUUUCAUCUAACUUCUCCCAUUGACCUCAUUGCUUAGAGUGCAGUAUUAGGGCAAGAUUCUCCCACUGCCUCCCCUCCAUGAAUGUAUUUCUCCUUCCUGCCCUGGGGAAAUGGGGAGUGGCCCCAGUUUUCUUUCUCCACUCAUCCCCAGAGCUGACUUUUUUUUUUUUUUUUUUGCACCAAAGUGGCAACUGGGUCAGUGUUGGGGGAUCAAGCUGGCCUCGGGGGUGGAGGGGCCGCCUCCACCUGCUUCUCCCUGGUUUCAACAGUGUUAGUGUCCGUGAAAAGACAAUUUUCUCUAAAGCAAUAAGGGGGUGAUGGGCCAGGGGGAAAUGUCUUGCUGCUGCUGGCCCUCCAGCCCCCCCCUUUCCUCACACCAGUGUUUGGUGGCAUUAGAGGUAUGGGGGGGUACUGUUGUGACUGAAUGUAACUGCCCCACCCCUGCCGCAGCCAAUGCAGGGGAGGGGAUGACACUCUGCCCUGUCUUCUUCCUUCCCAUUUCCCCCCCAGCUAAAGAGACUGAACUUAGGGGGCCCUUGAGCCUGGAGAGGCCUUAACCCUGUGAGGAAGUAUAGGGGGAGCCCUCUCCCAUCCCCAUCCCCUUCUGAGAGUGGUCAAUGUUUACAAGCCCCUGAGCUCCCCAGCCCAGGGACUCAGAACCCAUCACUGUCCUUUCCUGACCCUUCUUCCUGAGUCGCAGCUGCUCUCCCCGCCUUCCCAGGGUUGGGGUGGAAGCAGAGGUCUCUAGCCUUGUCUGCCUUGUACCUAAAUCUCCCAGCCCCACCCUAUGUGACUCCCCCCUUUACCAGACCCUGUAAAUACCCCCUCCUUCCCCUAAUAAAACUUGGUGUGUU